AUGUCGGCUCCAGGACCUUACCAGGCAGCUGCUGGGCCUUCUGUGCCCACUGCACCCCCAUCCUAUGAAGAGACCGUUGGUGGCCACUACCCGACACCCCAAGCGCCCACUCCUGGACCCACCACAGGGCUGGUGUCAGGCUCCGAUGGGAAGGGCAUGAACCCUCCUGGUUACUACACCCAGCCAGUGCCGGUCCCCAACGCCAAUGCCAUAGCUGUGCAGACUGUGUACGUGCAGCAGCCCAUCUCGUUUUUCGACCGCCCGGUCCAGAUGUGCUGUCCUUCCUGCAACAAGAUGAUCGUGACGCGGCUGUCCUACAACGCCGGGGCGCUCACCUGGCUCUCCUGCGGGAGCCUCUGCCUGCUGGGGUGCGUGGCAGGCUGCUGCUUCAUCCCCUUCUGCGUGGACGCCUUGCAGGACGUGGACCACUACUGCCCGAACUGCAAAGCACUGCUGGGCACCUACAAGCGCUUGUAG